AUGGACAGUCUAGAAAUGAACCUGUUGAUUGAGAACUACAUUGAUGAAGAAAAAGUGUGCCAUAAUUUUCCUUUUAGAAAAUUCAAGCUUUUAUUAUAUGCAUAUAAGAAUUAUCAUCAGUCAGUUAAUCUGCGUAAGAAGGAUCUAGCUAAUGGGGAAAAUGAUGGUAGAUGCAGAGGUAGCGAUUCUAAGAACGGGUUCGAUGGUGCCAACGAGGAAGAAUUAAGUGUAAACUUGAGUUUUCCAAGUAACAUCAGUGGCAAUGGACAAUGUAAAGGUGAGGAAUGUUUAGGGGUCCCUGAUGUUUCUAACCCUACAACUACACCCACUCACACAGAAAAGGUCAGUCAUACCAAUGUGAUCAGUGCUUGUGCCAGUGGCGGCGAAGCUAACUUAGCUACCAACCAUACCAACCAUACCAACCACACAAAUGAUACAAAUGAUGAUCAGGUGAUGGAGAAGGUUCCAGGACAAGGGAAGAACCCUGUAGAAAAAAUACACAAGAAAAUUAAUUUUGAACAUAGAACAGAGAGUUUGUUUUUACCCAAGCAGAAGGAAGUGGCGGAACAUCAACAGACGGUUGAGGACUACUCUGAAGAAGACAUGCUGAAAUUAAUUUAUUACUUUUUGCAUAAGUACAUGUUUAGUAGGGACAGGAAGAAGAAGAAUAAGCUGAGGGGGAAGAACAGCUUAAUGUUAAUGUUGGAGAGGGAACAAGAUGGACAAACAAAUACCAUGGUCGGGUCGAAGGGAGUGAAGAAGAGUGCUGUGAAUGGCGCGCUGAGUGGUGCCUCCCGAGGGAGAAACAAGAAUGGUCAGGGUGCACAGGAAGGGGUGAAAAAGGAGGUAAAGGGCGGUGACACACAUGAGGGGGAGAAAGGAGUGGCAGAUGAGGUGAAGAUGGAACUCGUGAACGAAGCGGAGAAGGAGGUACGGGAUAAAAUGGCAGAGGGGGAGGCCAACGUGGAGGCGAUUGGAGGUGGCAUCGAAUUGAAGGUUGCAGGGGAUGGUGCGGAGGUGGAAGGUGCCGCCGCUAGUGAACACGUGGAGGGCGCCGCGGAAGGAGAAGACCCAUUGGGCACGAAGCCAAAGGAGACAGACAAAACGGAGCAGCCACAUGAGGGGGUUAGCGAAAUGAACAGCUGCGAGUCAGGGAAAGCAAACCCACAUGGAGAGGCACACGAGGAGAAUGGGAAAGCGUGCGUGGGCAGUGAAAACCACCAAGCUGUAGUGAGCCAUGCAGGAGAAGAAGCACAGGGAGACGCAGCGGCAGAAGCAACGGCAGGAGAAGACGCAGAGGAAGAAGAAAAAAGACUCGAACUAAUCAUUAACACUUUUAUGAAUAGGAAACAAAUUUUUUUUUCAAUGAAUGAUAUUUUUUACCCCUUCACUAAUCGGCAUCUCAACAUGUCCAGGAAGAAGCAGCAGAACAAAAAGCUGUCAAAGAAUAUAUCAUUUGAGCGUUCUAAUAAUAGGUUUUCUAAAAUUCUUGGACAUGUCGACCUUCUCGACCCACGAGAUAGUGCACCAUCUAGAAGGUACCUUAAAAGUAAAGUAAUAUACGGGAAAUUCAAGAAAGGAUUAAAUCUUCUACUUAAACAUGAAAAGAAGAAGAAGAGGAAGUACAGGAGACAUGGGACCAGUGGUAAGGUCGAUGAUGUCUUGUCGGUACCCCCGAUUGGUGAGGGUGUGGAAGGUAGUCACAACAUUGUGGGGGGAAACAUUGGGCACGCCAACGUGAGUGCUUGUGGUGAUGCUCUUGCAAGGACCGUCGUGAAGGCUGCUGGAAGGAAGAAAGGCAACAAAGGUGCUGCGCAUACUGCUAACGAGAAUGAAGAAUAUUUUAGUGUGACUUGUGGGACAAGGGAAAACGACGCGAACUGUCUCAUUAAAAGUGUUAAGGAGAAGACCGGGCGAGGAAGGAAUGUUGGAGAGAAGAAAGGGGUCAAGAUGAAUAAUGUACCUGUAAGUGUGAACCCUAGCGAAGCAUGCAGCAACACCAUACAAAUGCAAGAGGGGCAGCAUGGCGUCCCUCUUCAGAUGGGCGACCCCCGCUUCAAUCUGCACGCAAUGGGAUUUGUGGACACGGUGAGAGCCAUCCGGGGUGGUGAACAUCAGGCGAGACCCAUCCCAAGGAAGCACACCUCACAUGGGAGAGGGAAACAGAAGGAUUCAGGCAGCACGCACGAUGGGUUUUUUAGUAGCGCUGGACAUAUGAAGGGGUACAGCAUGAUCAACGUGGUGGAUCCAGCCGUGGCUACUUACUACGUCGGCGGCGAGGUGGGCGGUCAGGUGGGUGGUCAGGUGAGUGGUCAAGUUGGCGGCCAGAUGAGCGGCCUGAUGAAUACCCCCAUUCGAUACGACCAUCCGGUCUGCAACCCCCCAGGUGCAGGAACCCCAGUGAACACCCCCAAUAAAGGAUCUAGUAAGAAGGAGAAAACGGGUGGAAGAAAAAACGUACAAAAAAAAUACACCAUCUCGAAGGAGGCGCCAUUUUAUAACGCGUCACCUGGUGCAACAUCGUUUGUGUCCAUUGCUGGUGGAGGAGGAUUAUAUCCGUAUGGCAACAUCGACUCUUCCAGUAACGUUGAUAAACCGAGUGGAGUGAUGCCACCCCAUGGCCCAGCUAGCAGCAACACAAAUGUUUAUAUAAUGAACAAAACAGAACAACAAAGGUAUGCACAGGAAGCUCACACAAUAAACCCUUACAUUAAGAAUGAUGUGAUGAAUAAAAUGGAUCAUGCGAAAAAUAGAUUCACGUUCAAGGGUACCAAUGACCACUUACAGACUAGUGGACCAGUUGGUGUUGAUAUGAAUCACCAAGGAAAUGGAGGUUUUUUGGGGGGAAGACAAUCAGGUGAACACAAUUUCAAUGGUAGUGAGGUGCAGGCGGAGGAGUUUAAAAAGGAAUAUUGUAACCAGUUGAGUGGUGGGGCCCCUCGAAGUAGAGUUAAGAAAAAUGUAAAGGGUGGAAAAAAGGCCAACAGUGUGAAGGGAGGAGUACACAGUGGUGGUAAUAAACGGAAAGGGGGUGCGAAUCAAAUGGGCAGAGAUGCCAAAAUGGGACCGCAUGAGGAUGGUUGUGAGGGAAGAUACAACGACAUGGCAAUGGGUGAACAAAACGGAGGGGAUAAUGAUGAGGGUGGUGGUGAUCCAGGUGGAGGCAACACCUCUGUUGGACAAUGCUACGAUGAAAACAAGAGUAAUUAUGAAAACAGAAGGGGAGGAGAUGAUGAUAACAACCAUGAUGGGAGCACUCCUUGCGGGGGUGGAGGAGGAGCAGGAAUGGGGAGCAGUUACUACGUAGGUAAUAAUAACUCUGGGGGGAGAAGAGGCAGUGUGGGGAGCGAGAGCCGAUACAAGGGGAAGCAGCAGGGACAGCAGGAGGAGCGACAUGCGGGGGGUAUUGGAGGGGUUGGAGGGGUUGGAAGUGGACCCAUGGGAGUCGUAGGAUAUGGCUUAGGAAGCACCGCAGAGGACGCGAAGAGGGGAGAGACCCUGUUGCACACAAGUCUGAACCUGCAGGUAUUGGAUGGACAAACCAGAACAGAUGACACGGUAGGUGAAGUGAUGGUCAACGCGGGGACCAAUGUGAGAUGCACCAUCGUAGGAAAUGUUACUUGCAUUGGCAAUGUCGUAACAAGUCCUAGUAGCAACGCGGUAAAUGUAAAUGUGAAGGACCUUCAUGGCGACCUCUCCAGGGGAAAGGCAUACAGCGAUGUUAGUGGACUGGGCAAAGGAACCAUCAUCACGAAGAAGAAGCAGAAUCAAAAUGGAACAUAUAAAGAGGGGCACUUCGUACCAGUUAAUGAUAGGAUGAAGGAGCAAGUGGGUAGCAACAAUGUUCAAGGGAGUUGCGAAUUGAACAUAUCCUUUGCAUCCAUGUCGGAGGGACGGAGUAGAGUUGGCACAGGUAAUGUCCUUUUUAAUACCCCAAGGAAUGAAGACAUAAGUUGUGGUAACGGUGUCGGAGGGGGGAUGAGUGUAAACGAUGCGGGGGAAGCGAAAAAAAUAACCUCUUUGCAGGUGAAGGGUGAUCAUACAUUUCCUUUGUGGGGGGAUACAAGGAAAACGCAGUGGUGUGAACAGAUGCAGGAGAUGGAGAAAAUGAACCGAGAGGAUGUAAAGGAUGAAUCUGGGGUAUGUACAAAAGAGGUCACCGAAAAGGGUGUGUUCAGCAAGCACAGCUUUAGUAGUGGAGGUAGCAUAGAGGGAGGAGAAAACAAAGUAACAAUUAACGGAGGAGGAAUUGCUAAGAUGGUGAGUGAAGAUGCAUCAACAUCAGGUUGCAGCAGCGUCAUGCAUAUGAGACAGGUGGCAGAGGCAGGAUUAAAUGUGAAGGGAGCGAACAAGCUUAAUUAUUGCUCGGAGGGAAUGUACUUGGAUGGUGUUAACCUAAGCACAGCUACCUCCCUCGAGGUGCACAAGGGGGAGGAGGAGACAGAGGGUGUCUGUGGGGGGGGUUACCUGAACCACGCAAUGAGCACACAUGUUAGGAUGACGGAAGACCAGGAGAUAGGACCACUUGGUGAUUCACCCUCCAUGAGUGAAGCAGGAGGAAAUUUCAAGUUGAUACAUCAGAGUCGACCACCUGACCACCACGAUGGGGUAUGCGACCUGGGGAAGUUGAACAGCACGGCAGACAAUGGUGGUAGCGCAAUGAAUGAUUUGAACCUCCUAUUAAGGACAUCCCAUUCGACGGGUAAUUAUUAUGCAAAUGAAUCCUCCCCUGUGGAGAUAAAAAAGGAUAAUGCACAAGGAUAUGUGGAGGAGAGAGGAGCUGCUCAUGGUGGAGAUGCCCAUGGGGGAAGUGGCGUUGGCAUGGGUAUUGGUCAUGGAAGCAGCGAGAAUCGCCUCCCCCCUGUGAUAGUGCAGCAGAGCGGAAUGAAAAGGAAGGCUCCAUCCCUUUCGCAGACCUUGCAGGGAAGCAAAAAGGGGAAGGGGGGGUUGUUAGCAAUGGGUGUUCGAGGUGCGAACAGUAGGAGCAGUCGUGGUAAGAGUGACGGUAAGAAUGAGGGUCAGGGAUUAAUGGAGAGCUUCUCACACAGUUGUACGUCUAGCCGUGUGCAAAGCCAUUCGAUGAGUCCAUUGGCAAAUUGGCGGGGGAACCCCCUCACUCCAAGUCACCUGCAUAACCAAGCACAGCAGCAUUUCUCCAUUGCGAACGAUGGGUAUAUGGUCGGAAGGAACACAGUGAGCAUGACACCCAACAUGAUGGCCAGCGUAGCAGAACCUGUGUCACCCAUAAAGGGAGGGAAGGCACUGAGAGAGGUAGUACUACCCCCCACCACAACAGUAGAGCUAUCUGAUCAAGUGGAGGUGAACCAGGAUAAAAAGAGUAACACACAGGUGGCAUCCAAGUGGUCCCCAAUAAGCAACAGCCAUUUCACUUUUGAAGUGAAUGACGAAUAUGAGCAAUGGGGUCUUGUGGGGAAAAAUUUUGAACAAGACGCUUGUACAGAAAAGGCCCAUGGGAUGGAGAAAGCAACGAGUAGUACAUUGGGCAAGGGGUUAUUAUUGAGGAGUGAAAUGGGUCAUUUGUAUGGUCAUGGUGGAAGGACAGUGUCUGAUGCGAAGGUGCACUCGAUUCGAUCGGUUAGUUACGCUAUGAAUGGAGAGAGUGAUGGAAGAAGGAUGAACGCAGGAGGGGUACUACUGCACAGGGGCUUGGAGGAUGGUACUAACAUCUGCAACAGCCGCGUUAGUAACAGCGGUAGCAGUGGGUGUGGGGAGAGUAGGAGCUACUCCGUGUUGAACAAUCUGAAGGAACGAGAAAAGAAUGCACAGGGAGGCAUGCAGGAGUGUACGAAGGUGCGGGCGCUGCCCACAGAGGGGAAGCAGUUCAUCCUGGGGAGUCACGACAUUUGUGGUGGUGGUAGUGGUAGUAACGGGGGAGGUAGCCACAUGGGUGUUGUUGGGCGCAUCUCAGGGGAUUGGGGCAAAUUCCGCCCCUAUGGUAAGGAGCCGAGCGGCAGUCGUGUCGUGGCGAAGGCGCGUGCAGGUGUUCAGAAUUUUCAAAGUGGCAAUGUGGAUGAGGGAAGAGGUGAAUAUCACAUGGACCACUUUGGUAUGGCGACGCCGGGAAAAUUUUCUUCAUCGAAGGACUUACAAGAGGAAAACUUAGAAGGAGUGGAGUUACCCAGCGAAGCGAGUAUGUAUACCCAUCCCCAAACACAAAGAGACAUGUACACUAACAAAGUUGUAAAUGAGAUUAGCAACGAGAAUAGUAGCAGUGUGCUUAAGAACAGCAGUGUGGGUGUGGACCCUAUUUUGGCUAAUGGCCUUGGGGACAACUCUAACCUCGUGAGUAGCAUGAAUAGUGUUGCAGGGAAGUCACCAAUGGAGAAGUCUUUCGUGGGCACUUCCCUAGUGGGCUGCACGCCAUUGGAUGACUUACAAAGAGGGGUCACCAAUGGUGCGUCGAGGAAUGUACUGUGCAUGUGGGACAAGGGUACCAUGGGCCCCCCCAACGUACCCAUGAAGGAUGUUAAAAGAACGAACAGAAUGGAAUUAGCCGAUAAGCAGAGUUCGAAUUCAGCUACCAUCAAGGAUGAAGAGAAUGGAGUCAAAUUAAGAAUUACCAAAAAGAAAAAAAGAAAAACAAAGGAUGCACUUGUGCAGGAGGACCCAAGGGAGGUGAAGGAGCAGGCUGUGUCUGAUAAGGCCAUGGAUGAUGAGAUGCCUCUGUGUGAUAUGGGAGAAGAAAACCCCAAUGACGAGGCCAAGUCGAAGCCCAAGCGGUCCAGGAGGUCUCGGGUCGGCAAGGAUGGAGAAGACCAGGUUGUCACCGGGGCCUACGACGAGAACGGAGAGAAGAUUUCUGGGGUGUGGUACGACACGAACAGGAGACUCUGGCGAGUCAUGUACAUGGAGAACGACAAGCGGAAGACCAGGGGCUUUUCGCCACGCAUUUAUGGGUUCAACCUCGCACGCGAGUUGGCCGUCAAGCUCAAGUAUGAGAUGAUGGAAAAGAACAAGAAGUGA